GGAUGUGAUAGAAAGGGAGAGUUCUGGUUUGCUCUGUUCUCUCACCGCUCCAUCCGGGAACUUUCGAAUUAGCAUUGACAGCCGAAGCGCAACUUUUCCCCAGGCAAAGUGAAAUCAAGCCGCGCAGUCGGACGAAAUAUAGUCCCUCGUUUUUCAACUCGAAAAACAUCAAAAGAGAGCCAGGGUCGCCUCGUGGAUGCUAUAAAUGGACACGGCGGAUUUUUAACAGCGUUUUUGUCCGCGGAGUGACGUUUUCUUGCCGUGUUUAUGGCACUUGGCUCGCUGGCGUAAAGUGAGUGAUGAGUCCCGUUGGCAGUAAAGAAACACGAACUUGCCUCGCGCAGUGAGGAGUUCUUCUUUCGAUUGUUAUUGCCCAGCUUUUUUUUUUUUUUAUAAAAAGAAUCUUCAUUUUUCCGAAACUUCACUCAUCGAAAGUCGCAGAAAAGUGCUUCGGAAGUCGGGAGAUGGAAUUACAAGGCCUGCAAGAGGCGCUGAAAGUGGAAAUCCAGUGUCAUCAGGAUGGAGAGCGUAAGAAACCACUCGACAGGCAAACAAGAGUUACUGCCCUAGGCGAGAAACAAAAGCAGGCUCUGAGGGGCUGUCCUGUGGGGAGUGCCAAGCCCCUGUCCCUCAUCAAGCCGCCAAGUCAGAGCAUAGCCAUCUCCGUGGUGCCGGCGAAGGCUCCCGUCUCCAUGGUGACCGCACACGUUAACGGACAGAAAGCGGCGGGCUCUGAGCCGCCGCAGACGGCCCCCGCCGGCCUCCCAGCUGCAGGCGUUCUCCACUGUCCGGGAAGGAGGGCCAGCGAGCCGCCGCACUCACAGAUCCUGGGAACCCUCACAACCGUGCCCAUCAAGGUGCCUCAGGUAAGCUCCCUGCAUCGGCUGGGAGGGCAGGCGCCCGCCGUGCUACCUCAGGUUAGGCCAAAGACCCUGAUCCCCGACAGCCUUCCCCAGAGUCCUGGCCAGGAGCAGCAGGUCAGCCAGCCGACCACACUGCAGAGGGCCACCACUGUCGUGAGCCCCAAAAGCUGGGGCCCCGGCCUGCCGGCCUGCAGCAGCACCUUCAGUCCCGCGCGGCUGCCCAACGGCCAGUCCUCACCCUCGCCUUCAUCCUCGCCGCCCCCGCCCGCACCCCCCGUCGCUGCAGCCAUCGGCGGAGCCGGCGUGGCCUACGCCAUCAUCUCGGCCCCGCCCAGCGGGACCCGGGGCUCCACGUUGUCCGCGGUCAAUGAGACCAUGAAGGUGCAACCUCUGGUCUUCAGUACAGACAGCAAGGUGAUAAUAAUCCAGCCGCAGACGCCGAGCAUCUCGCAGAGCUCACCAGGCCCGCAGGCUGACAGCCCGGCCCGAGACUCUGCACCUGUGCCCGCGCCCACGCCCGUGUCCACCUGUAGCCCGGCCCUCACCCCUUCCGCCAAGAAGAAGAAGGAGGAGGACCCAGAGGUGAAGGCUAGCUGGUGGUCCCAAACUGGGUCCGGUUCUGGUUCUGGGUCGGUUCUCUCUACCAGAGCCACGAAAGCAAACCGACAGAAAACAGCCUUCAUGGUGGCCCUGGGUUUAGUUACCACAGAGCACUUGGAAGAGAUCCAGAGCAAGAGGCAGGAGAGGAAAAGACGGAGCACGGCGAACCCCGCCUACAGCGGCCUGUUCGAACCCGAGCGUAAACGACAUGCGUCAAAUUACCUGAGCAGCGCGCUCUUCCUGUCUUCUGGAGACUCUGAGGAUCUCUGCUGGAAGGAGGGCUCGGCGCGUGAUGACCGCUGUGCCGUGUGCAAAGAGGACGGGGAGCUGCAGCCCUGCCACGGCUGCCACCGCGCCUACCACCCCGAUUGCGUCCACCCGCCGCUGAGGACACCCCCCAAGGGCUCCUGGACGUGCCCCAGGUGUCAGAAGAAGGUAAUAAACAAAGAUAAUAUGUCGUGGCCCCAGAAUUUUGUCCAGUCUUAUGUAGCACACAAGAGAGCUCGAGAAGAGGAGAAGAAGAGGCUGCUGAGGAGGAGCGGCGAGCUGAAGAAAGAGCGCGCCCUGCUGGAGGAGCGCGACCAGCAGCUCAGCGAGUCGCUUGCGAGAAGCACGGAGCUGAAGAAAAGUCUGCUGGAGCGCCAGAAGGAGACCAAGGCCUCCCUGGAGCGUCUGAAGGCCUUGAUCCGGCUCAUCCAGCGGGACCACAUGAUCCAGGUGACCAUGACGGCCACCACGACCACGGAGGCGCCCCUGCUCUCGCUGCCGUGGAUCAAACCCGCCAGCGCGGGCGCGAUGCCCCCCAGCGGCUCCGGCGCGCUGCACCAGAAGAGCGUACCUCAGGCGCAGGCCAACAAGUGACCCAGGGCGCGGCCCGCCGGAGCCCACCUGCCUGCCGAACCAUAUCUCCUCCACGUCGGCCGGAGGCGUCUCCCACCCGCCACCCGCUGGGAAGAAUCGACGACACGCCGCCCUUCAUCGAAGAACAAAAACACUCAGUCGGUGUCAUUUUUCAAAAGAGUGUUGUGACAAAACGAUAUCCCGCGCGUGGUUUGCCAUGAGUAUUUUUUAAACCCAACACCUUCAGUGCUUAUGAGAUUUUUUUAACUUAUUCUUUUUAUUUAUUAAUGUUCUUGGCCUUAAUGUAUUUAUGAAUAUAAAAGCGGACGAACAUAAUGCCUGUCGCAGGUGUACGAAACGAAAUCUUCUGUGCAGCCGGUUCUGAUGAUUUUUUUUUUUUUUUUCCAACACUAAUAAUUGUUCUGAACAUAGGGUGGGAGAGUGCUAGGGACUAGUAGUAGUAGUCACUAGGAACUUGUGGGAAAAUACCGAGGUGAGUGUACGUGAGCGUUUCUGCGUAGAGACCCGUUCUUAUUCCGCAACGAACAAUGGCUGUUAUUCUGAUUCGGGGGAAACGGGCUGAGGAGGCGUUGCGUUUGUGUCCUACGUAUGUUUUUGAGCCUUCGAACAAAGCAAAGUGAACUUUUUUCAGUAUUAACAGAGGCGAAAGCGAAGAGUAUUUAACAAGAGAGAGAAUUUAGCGUUCGUAACGGAGAGCUCGGUCCUUUGGCGACGGCGCGGGGCGCUCCCUCGUUCCUUCCUUCCCGUCGUUCUCCGCCAACGGAUUGCUUUCGGACGGAAGGACGAGUUGAAAAGCCGUUCACGUCAAAGUGAACGCGCGGCGCUGCCAUCUUGCCGUGCCCCUCUUCUUCAACCGCACGGAAAAAUAUGCCAAAAAAAAGCAGCCCUUCUCUUUUUUUACUGGGAGCUCCCGUUUUUUUUCCCUCCUUGUGUUUCCAGUUCCUGCCUGCUGCCCCUUCUCAUUUUGAAGCCGAGCUCUUUUGUUUCUCGUGACUUUUUGUACGACCUGCUGAGGACCGCUCGACGGUACGAACGGACGUGCUUCGUGGAUUAAGACGUGACUCGACCUUCCAGGAAUUCUCGUAUUUCUUCUACUUUUUCAUUCUUUUUUUUUUCAAACAUUUUGUCCUCGGAGACUUUCUGGAAUUCACGGUGUGUGAGGACGCUUUGCGGACACGUGUCAGUUUUGCUAGUCUUCCCGCGCUGCCGAGCGUCUGUGCAGGAUGGAGCUGGCGUCCGGCCGGAUCCCCCCCCCCCGGCCAGCGCCUUCCCCUCCCCUCUCCAUCUGGUAGGACAGUAAAGCGUUUAAACUGGGCAGGUCUUUUUGGAAACGAACUACUGACAGCUCAUUUUUUUGGCUGUGCUGUGAAAAAAAACAAAAGUAUUGCUGCUGACCCACAAUUUUUUUGGAAGGAAAAACUGUGUGAGGACCUGUGAUUGAAUAUUAAUUUGCAGAUAUCAGGGGAAACACAAAAGGGCAGUUGAGAAGGGUGUGAGGCUCUCACACAUUCAUAUCGGUCUGUGUGACAGACAUGUCGUUUUGCGCAAAGCUCGUGUGGACUGGAAAGCCGAACGUCCAACUCAGUAGCUGCUGAGAAAGUCACUCUUCUCCCCCAAACACACACACACACAUUGCACCCUUGGCUCAGUAAAGGCGACACUUUGCGGUUUUCCAAGCCCGGGUCCCACGCUAGUUUGCUGGCAGCGCGGUCAGCCGAGGAGAUGGACGCCUCAUCCAGGAGACCCGUCCACUCCACCCAGAGGCGUUUGCAGCUCCGGCUCUGACUCCAGCACCACGAUCGGCGUGUAGAACCACAGCAAGGACACGCAAACCUACUUGAAAGGAACAGCUCUAAUGGAUAAAGUCGGUUUAGUCUUCCACGCGGGAAAGAAACGCAGUUUGCAGCUUCUUCGCGACAGGCGAACCCUUUCCUGUCGAACAAUACGAGUCACCGCAGGGGUUUGCAGGUGAGCGUCGACUGGCUGAUCCACACCGAUGAUGCAGAACGACGUCUGCUCUUAAUAACUAAUAACGUCAGCGGUCUCAUCUCCGUAAGUCCUUUUACAGCGUUACUCCAACGUGGUGUUUCUGUCCUCCAGCACAUACCUGACUGACAGUUUCCGCUUCUGUUUUUAGCGUUAAAAAGGCACCGUAGGAACCCGAGACACAGGCAGAUAUGGAAAGCAGACGCAAAAAAUGUUCCCGGCAUCCUCCGGUGCGCGUCACGCGCUCAGAAAGGUACCUCCAAGCAGCCGGCAUAUGUGGCCCCCCGAGAGGGCGACACCGCACGGGCGCGGUACGCAGCGAGGUAAAGAACCAUAUCAGCUGUCAGAGCGGCCCAGCGAACGUGCCCUUACAUGGCAGCUCCCAGAACCACACGUCCCAGAGUCCUCCCCCACCUUCAGAAAUCUCCGGAAGAAACUGUGCAGCACUAUACAGAUCUAUUUUAAUACACUUGACACUAUGUUGAACAAACUUUCUUUUUUUAAUAUAUUCUUUUAUCGAGUAACAGAGAAACAGAGAAUGAGUUUUGAAUGCGGAGGCUCUUGUUUGCCAAUUUAUGCAUUUUGAUGUGGCUCGCGAUGUGCAAUGCAUUCCCUUGGCCAUGCGGAGGCAGCAGAGAGCGGCCGGACAGUGCAUUCUGGGUGGAAAGGACCGGGGAACGUCGACAUAGUGUUUCCUCUCUAAGUGACAAGGAACUGUCCAGUGGAUAGUGUGUAUAGGAAAGUGUUUGUCUUACAUAUGCCAAUGUAGUUUUUCUUCUUUACGAUGCAUUAAAAGUUGAUUGAUGGACGUUGGUGACUGCUGACGACUUGUCUCCCUU